AUGACAAAAGCUUCGUACUCGUUAAUACACGAAUCGAUUAUCAAUAUCGCUCCAAUAUUCUCAACAACACGUGUUUAUACGACUUUGUCAGUAUAUUAUAUAAGAAAAAAAAUAAAUGCAACAGAUCUGAAAUAUUUAUCCAAGACUGCUGCACCAAUGAAAGAAGUCAUUUGCGAAAAAGGUCGACCGCCUAAUGAACGUUAUCCUUUUCAAAAACAACAUCCACAAACAACAACACAUCUAAUGAUGAAAUACAGUCAAUCUCAUGUACCUAUUCUUUACGGUCCUCAAAUUCCUCGACGAGAUCGUGAUGACACUCGAGAACGAUAUAGUCGAGCUCUUCUUACACUUUUCGUGCCCUGGCGCACCGUAGCUGAUCUUUGUGACGUCAACCAAACGUGGGAAGACGCGUUUAAAUCUCGACAACAUCUUAUUUCUAUACAUUCAUGGAAAAUUAUAGAAAAUAUUCAACUUUUACACGAAUGUAAAAAGGAUCGCGAUGAACAUUUACUUCAAGUUAUUGCUGAAGCUCAAACCGAUAAUGACGCAAUUGAUCCCAUACUUUUGCCAGCAAAUCAUGAUGUUCAUGGCGAAUGUGAUAUGGACGACAGCGAAGACUUACUUGAGCUACUUAGACAUUUAGAUGAACAUACAUCUACUGCGAUCAAUACUACCAAAAAGUCAACAGAGAAUAAAUAUAUUGAAGAAACUAUCGCAACAGUCGAGAACGUCGGACGAUUUACUCAUCUGAACACGUAUCAACAAUCUUCUUUAAAUGAAUCUACCGAUAAACAACUUGUAUCUUUCGUUUCUGCAACAUCUGAUCUUGUUCGACUAAAUACGAAAUGGCAAAAACAGCUAAGGAAUGAGAAAGAACGAGUUAGAAGAAAUUUGAUGAACGGCAGUCAUGAAAAAGAUUGGGAUGGUACAUUAGACUUGAAUGCUGCAAAAGAUGCUGUUAUAACUCAGAUGCGAACGGAAGACUUAAGAUAUCUUCAAUUGCUCGAACGACUACGUCAUGGACAAUGUACUUACGAUGAUUAUGAAUUAUUGCUGACACGAGUGGUUGGACAACCAUCAGUAGCGUCUCUACAUGAUUCACCAUGGAAUCAAGCUCCUAUUCUGGUGUUUCGAAAUGAAGUACGAACCCAAUUAAACCCCAAGGCAGCAAUUCAUAAUGCAACACAAUCAGGCAACUUACCAAUGGUAUGCGUCGCUCAAGACACUUGUAAAGGCAAACCAAUUGAAGAUCCGACACUUAUAAAAGAAACUGUUAGAAUUAUCUGA